UUUUGAAAGUUUUCUUUGAUACUACUGUGGUGUUUAGUGCAACAAAUAAGCCAACUGCACACAAAGCGUUCUUUGAGAUUGCAACAAUUAGAUCUGAGAUUGAGGAUAUGUGCUCAAAUGAUUCAGCAGAAUUACUAGAGGGUGCACAGAAAAUAUUAUUUGACAUGUCAGUUGAGAUGCAAGCCAAAUAUAGGAAGUAUUUUGAUACCAUAGAUGAUAUGAACCAAAUUUUCCUUGUUCCUUUGGUUUUAGACCCUAGAUUCAAGCUCAAAUACUUCAGCAGAAUUCUUGAAAAGAUGUUGAAUGAAGCUAGUGAAGCGGUGAAGGAAUUAAAUAGAGUGACCAGUUAAAGGACUUGAUAGUGCAACUUACUGAUACUUAUGCUUCAGAAUCAGCUAAUCAGUGUUCCAGUGCAACAAAAGCUGCAAAAGAAGUUGGAAGCAAUGCUGGCGUCAAUAGGAAUAGAAAAUUGUCUGGGAAAAGGGCAAUGAUGUAUGAGGAUUGGGAAAAGGAUCUUGAGGAAGGGAGCUCAAUUGUAGUUGCUCAUGAGGUUGACAGGUACCUUUUAGAUCCCAUAGAAAAACAUACCGAUGAUUUUGAUAUUUUGACAUGGUGGAGGCUAAAUGGGCCAAAGUACCCUAACAUGCAAGCAAUGGCUAAGGAUACUCUAGCAAUUCAAGUUAGUAUUGUAGCAUCUGAAUCUAGUUUUAGCACGGGAAAGAGAGUCAUUGAUCCUCACAGGAGUUCUCUAACUCCAAGAUCUGUUGAGGCACUCAUUUGUCUACAAAAUUGGUUGAAGUCUGACUCAAUUACUAAUCUUGGGUAUGCUCCUAGCCCUGAGGAAAUGGAGUGGUUAGAAAACACUGAAAAAG